AUGGGUGUAAUACGGAAAAAGACCGCCUCACGCGGCACCGAAGCAGGCACCAAGUAUCACUGUGAUAUCUGCUCGGCAGAUGUGACGGCGACGGUUCGCAUAUCAUGCGCCCAUCCCGCCUGCCACGAAUACGACCUCUGCGUCCCCUGCUUUGCGGCUGGUGAGAAAUCGAAAAAUCAUGACCCUUCCACCCAUCCGUACCAGGUCAUCGAACAGAAUUCGGUUCCCAUAUUUGAAGAAGACUGGGGCGCCGACGAGGAACUACUAUUAUUGGAGGGUGCAGAGAUCUACGGAUUGGGAUCAUGGGCGGACAUUGCAGAUCACAUCGGCGGAUAUCGCACAAAAGACGAAGUGCGCGAUCACUACAUCAGGACGUACAUCGAAAGCUCUAAUUUUCCCCUACCCGAACGAGCGGAUCCCGAAGAUACGAGCCUACAAGAUUCUGUUUCCAAGGAGGAGUUCCAGGCCCGCAAGAAGCGACGCAUUGAAGAGCGCAAGGAAGCGGCCAAGGCGGCUCCUCCAACGACGCCCAAGCAAAAACCUACUGCCAGUGUACCAGCUUGCCAUGAAGUGCAAGGCUACAUGCCUGGUCGAUUGGAGUUCGAGACAGAGUUCAUGAACGAGGCCGAAGAGGCGGUGCAACAUAUGACCUUCGAACCGGGCGCUGGAGAGACGCCAAAUGGGGAGACGGAUGCGGAGAUGGAACUGAAGAUGACCGUGGUUGACAUCUACAACUCGCGUCUGACUGCGCGGACGGAGCGGAAGAAGAUUCUGUUCGAACAUAAUCUGCUGGAAUACCGGAAGAACACGGCGUUGGAGAAGAAGCGCACCAAGGAAGAAAAGGAUCUGUUGAACAAGGCCAAGCCAUUUGCGCGGAUGAUGAACCAUGAGGACUUUGAGGAGUUCAACAAGGGCCUAGAGUACGAGCACAAUCUUCGGUUGGCCAUUGCGCAGCUGCAGGAAUGGCGCCAGAUGGGUAUUGGCGACCUCAAGGGCGGAGAGAAGUAUGAGCAAGAGAAACAGCAGCGCGCGCAAAGACUCCUGCCGCAGGGAUCGUUUGAUCGCUUCGCCAGCACUCGCCCGAAGCAGGCGCAGCAGCCUGAGCAGCCGUCCGCGGCCAGUCAACUGACAACACCCGAGCUUCCUCUGCGCUUACAAAAAGCCUCAGGUGCAAACAAGGUUCCCGAGCCGACCAGCGUCCCCCUGAACGAUUUCGACCGGGCUUUCGCCAGUAAUGGAGACGGACUGAGUACGCCCCAGCCCACCAAAACCAAGUUUGUGGUGCAGCCACUGAACGGAGUGAUUCCGUGGAAGCUGGAGAAUGAAGGCGCCCCGGAUCUGCAUCUCCUGACCAAGGAGGAAGUGGAGCUCUGCAAUGUACUUCACAUCCAACCCAAGCCAUACCUGGUGAUCAAAGAGACGCUGUUGAAGGAGGCGAUGAAACAAGGGGGAAGUCUUAAGAAGAAGGAUGCACGGGCUAUUUGCAAGAUCGAUACUACGAAAACAAGUCGAAUUUACGAUUUUAUGGUGCACAGCGGAUGGAUCAACAAGGCAUAA